CGAAUAAAUCUUUUUCAUAUCAUAUUUUCAGUUCUAUGAAUCUACUACAAUUUUUUAAUUUUAAAGUGGUCCAAAAGAAAAGAAAAAAAGAAACCCCACACGAUUCGAAGAACAUGUCCUAACAAGUAACACAAUACAAAAAGACAAGUAUAUGCAACUUUAAAUCUAUAACGACUGGUACUGAAACUAAAACCCCUAAAAAUAAGAGAUCACGAAAUAUCCGUGAUAUUCUUUGAUGCAAUCUCUUCCCCAUUGCUCUCUGUUUUUAUUUACUUUUAAAAAUUAUUCUGCAGAAUUAUAUAUAGUUGGGAAAUCAUAAUGGAAAAUUCUUCACCCACCUAAAAAAUCAAAGAAACCAUCAUAAAUACCAUCACCAGAGAUUCACAUGAUUCAUGCAUACACACUUCUGAGUCUGUCACUUUCUUCUUCAUUGUUUGUGUUUUGUCUUUUUGAUUUAUUUUUGUUGAAGAUGGAGAACUAAAAGCAAUGUCUGCAAGGUCUUUAUAUUAAUGCUAGAGUCAGUCUCGCUUAUUAUCAAGUUGUUUUCUUUAUCAGUUACUUGACAUUUAAGGAACAAAGGAGAUCAUGAACAGUUCAGGAGGUUCUUGUUCGUCUUUAAUGGAUGUGGUGGCUUAUGAUCAUCAUCUUCAUCAUGGUCAUGAUGAAGAGCUUCAUGUUUUAGCUGUAGAUGAUAAUCUUAUUGACCGUAAACUCGUUGAGAGGUUGCUCAAGAUCUCUUGUUGCAAAGUGACAACAGCAGAGAAUGCGCUUAGAGCAUUGGAGUAUUUGGGUUUGGGAGAUCAAAAUCAGCAUAUUGAUGCAUUGACCUGUAACGUUAUGAAGGUGAGUCUAAUCAUCACCGAUUACUGUAUGCCUGGAAUGACAGGUUUUGAGCUACUCAAGAAAGUGAAGGAGUCAUCAAAUCUGAGAGAGGUUCCUGUUGUGAUAAUGUCUUCAGAGAAUAUUCCUACUCGCAUAAACAAAUGUUUAGCGAGUGGAGCUCAAAUGUUUAUGCAGAAGCCUUUGAAGCUUGCUGAUGUUGAGAAGCUUAAAUGUCAUCUCAUGAACUGCAGAAGCUAACCAUGAGAGAUUUAUAAUGUUAGCCCUAACCAUGAAACGUUUUCAUUGUGUCUUGAUUCCUUAUUUGAUUAUUUUACAUGUUUUUCUUGAAAUCAAGAAAUGUUUUCACAUGCCCUAUAGUAAUCUUUAUACACAAAAGGAAUCAUAAAAAGUGGUUGUGGUGAUGAAGAUGAUGACGAUGUCUUCUCUCUUCCAAUCCUAAACAUCGAAUAAAUGGAUAACAUGAGAGGAAGAAACAUCUCUUUAUUCCUCUAACCAUUGAAAAUGGAGGCCACACGCAACAACAACAACAUUGAUGAGUCUCUUCUAUCGUUGUUUCUUUCUCUUUUCUUCUUCCUCUUCUCUUAUCUCUUUUGCGGCCAUUGUUGCACAAUAUUGACAUCGUUUCUGCGUGAAAAGAAGAGUAAGAAUCUUGUGCAGCAAGAAAGGUCUAGAAUUUCAAUUUAGAACAGAAAAAAUUAAUACGAGAGAAAAAAAAGAGCAAAGGAUCUUAACUGAAUCACGAUGAGAUUCAUAUAAGAGUACAAUCCUGUUUUUCUUCUCUUACCUCGGAAAAUUCACCGGAAUCUUAUGAAUGGGCUCGAAAAUCUUUGGCAAGGAAGAUUAAUGGUGAGAGAAGAUGAUGAAUCUCUUUCUUCUCCGAGAGACAGAGAGAGAGAGUCGAAAGUCGAGACGCAGAGGAGAAAUUGUCUCCUCCGGAGACUUGUACGUCUCCAUGGAAGCUUUCAACAUCAUAACACGUGUCAUUUCAUAUGUGUCUCCGUUCUCAUUACUUUAGAUCGGACCAAACCUACCAAUCUUUUUUAUGUUUUUUAUUUUAUAUGUUUUGUUUAUGUGCAUGAUGUUAUUAUUUUUCUUUCUUUUUCUGAUUUGUGUAUGUACCGCACGAUUUCUCGUAGUAUACACAUGAUUUGUAUUUGAGACUGAAAUAAAACCAUGCUAUACGUAGAUUUGGUACUACACGUUAUUUAAUUUCAAAUCAUAUUUCUAUCA